AAUAGUGCGUAAAGUGUUUCCUUAUACCACAAGUCAGAGAAGCGUGUUUUGGUUCUACAUUAAUUAUUUCUAUUUGAACGUCCUAAAACGUUGCUUGCCGAUGAAUGCACCCAUGGAAACAAGGAAGGGAUUAGAGGAGGCUGGACGAAUGUCUGGAAUUCUGUUUCCGCUCCUGGGAGAAACCAUUGAUUUCAUCCGACCGUGAUUGGGAAAAACUUUCUAAAUCACAGUACUUUUUGAUUGUAAAUUUGGCUUGGUUGGAUCAUGGCUUCUUCGCCGCAAAAAUCGCCGUCCUCUCCUAAGUCGCCUACGUCUCCAAGUCCGAAAUCACCCUCUUUUAGAAAAAAAGAUGACUCCUUCCUGGGAAAACUUGGUGGAACUUUAGUAAGAAGAAAGAAGGCAAAAGAAGUGUCUGAGCUCCAGGAAGAGGGGAUAAACGCCAUCAACCUACCCCUAAGUCCCACCACAUAUGAUCUGGACCCAGAGGACACCAUGCUGGAGGAGAAUGAGGUCCGCACCAUGGUUGACCCAAACUCCAAGAAUGACCCCAAACUACAGGAGCUUCAGAAGGUGCUGAUCGACUGGAUCAAUGAUGUUCUGGUGGGAGAGAGGAUCAUUGUGAAGGACCUUGCUGAGGACCUCUACGACGGACAGGUUCUGCAGAAACUCUUUGAGAAGUUGGAGGGUGAGAAGCUGAAUGUGGCUGAGGUGACCCAGUCGGAGAUUGCCCAGAAACAGAAGCUGCAGACCGUUCUGGAGAGGAUCAACGAUUCCAUCAAGGUCUCCACCAGGGGUAUCAGAUGGAACGUUGACUCGGUUCAUGCUAAGAGUAUUGUUGCUAUUCUUCACCUGUUGGUGGCUCUCUCUCAACACUUCAGAGCACCAAUCAGACUUCCUGAUCACGUGUCCGUCCAAGUAGUAGUUGUUCAGAAAAGGGAGGGAAUUCUGCAGUCUCGCCAAAUCCAGGAGGAGAUCACCGGCAACACGGAGGCUUUAUCCGGGAGACACGAACGAGACGCCUUCGACACGCUGUUUGACCACGCGCCGGACAAGCUCAGCGUGGUGAAGAAGACACUCAUCACCUUUGUGAACAAACACUUGAACAAGCUGAAUCUGGAGGUGGCAGAACUGGACACACAGUUUGCUGAUGGUGUGUAUCUGGUUCUGUUGAUGGGACUGCUGGAGGGCUACUUUGUUCCACUCUAUCAUUUCUUCCUGACCCCUGAGAACUUUGAUCAAAAGGUGCACAAUGUGUCCUUCUCCUUUGAGCUGAUGGAAGAUGGAGGUCUGGAGAGACCCAAACCCAGACCUGAAGAUAUCGUGAACUGUGAUCUCAAGUCAACACUGAGGGUGCUGUAUAACCUAUUCACCAGGUACAAAAACGUGGACUGAACAGAAGGUGUUGUGGGGGCUCGUUUUACAGGGCACCAUAUACAUAAAAGCAUUUUUCCACAAUUGUGUGAUUCAAGGGAAAGCAUUUUGCCUAGAGCACUGUGCAUUAGUUCAAAACAUGGAAUUUGUCUGUAACGAAAGAACAGUAAUAAUACUUUUUGCCAUUGUUAAAAGGCUUAUUAGAGUAAGUAAAAAUGCUAACAUUAAUCUGUAAAAACAUAUAUGUUUGUGGUAAAAAUAAAGGAUGUAUAAUUCUAAUUUUCUUUCUUAAAAUGUAAUCACAAAAGGUUGAGGGGUGAUGUUUCUUCCACUUGUUUUAUUUAUUUAGUCAACAAAUGUUCAAUUACCUAAUUUUAUAUACCUGUAAUUUCUGUUCACUUUCUAUUCGCUUUUAUUGUUUAUUUCUUAUCAUUGGUACGUGUCUAAAUAUGUGUUAAAUAUACUGAAUGCCUUUACUAGGAAGACACCACCUAGUCCUGACUGUGAUUAAAUAUGGUAUUUUAAUAUCACCACUGUUUUACAUGAUUCAUAUAAGAAAUGUUUUAUAUCCAAAAUAGAAUUGUUAAAACACUAAACUUGAAACUAAUGUCUUAAAGGUGUAAAUGUUGAGACUUGGGUUUUGUGCAAACACUGUUUUAAAGUGAGACACUACAAACCAUAAACACUGUAUUUAAAUUUACUGUUGGUACAUGAAAAUAGUUAAUUACAGAUUGUGAAAUCUUUAAAUAAAACAUUUGACCUUUUAGA